UUCAUCGACAUUCCCGAGGUCCUUUUCUCUCAAGAGACGCUCACAUUCCUCGGGUUCAACGAAAGUGCCUCUGAGACUAUCUGGUCCCGCUGGAUCAACCGCGGCCCUGACGAUGGCAGAGAAAUCGACGGCGGUCCGGUGACCUUUGACAGUAUGGCAAGAGCCCACAUUUACGGAACCUUCAUCCGUGAAGAAGAUGCUUCCUCGGACGACGACCUUGUCUGGCGUGCAUCCAUGAACAGCUGCGGUAUCAACGAAGAACUUCAAACUGCCAUUAUGACACCUCGAUGCAAGGAUGUUUGUUUGACGGAAAGCUGUCAAUUCUGGUUGCUCGACACAAUCUCAGCCCGUUAUGCUUCCCUGAAAUAGAUCCAGGCAGCUUCCUCUGAGCGCGCUCGAUCAGCCCGCCAAACUGCUUCUCGACCAGGAGUAUCUUCACUGCUUCCUGGUGAGCAAAUGCCCUCUCGACAUCGCUCAACUUCCGAGAUGUUCUAUGGAGCUCCUGGCAUAUCUCCCAUAGUCACGUCGGCUCCAGAGGUUCCUGCCAGUGCCCCGAGUCAUACAGUACUCUACAGAGGAGGCUACGAGACAUCAAUCAACCCUAUAUUCGACGAAGCUGGGCGGGUUGUCAAAAUGACCCCUCUUCUCUCUGGUCGCCCUGGAGAUUUUAACUCGACGAAGCAGGCUAUCUCUAUGGUGUUGGAUUUCGAAAUUGCCAACAAGUAUGCCUAUUGGUCCCAGGUGCGAGACAGAAGUCAGCUCGCUGUUAUUCUGCGUCUUGAAAUACCCAACUCACCACUCGAAAGUAUGGACGAAUCUGAGAAGUGUCAUGCACACUGGCCUUCCCAGGAGUGGAAGGAACUGGUCUGGAACUGCAGAAGAAACAAUCGUCUUCAGCACAGUUUAGCCAAAUUCGGAAAAGCAACAUUGGCUAUCGGCACCAUAUGCAGCAAACCCAACAUUGUCGUUACCAACCUCCUGAGCCCCGUUAAAAUCACGCACCAGAUGAUACUUCAAGGCCCAAGAGGAGAUGCCGUCCAGUACGUGUUCAUCGACGACCAGGGCGUGGAAUUUCUUGAAACUCAUGGUUCAUCAACCUGCACGGUGCACCCAAUGACUCGGCAUGUGGUGGAGAUUGAGAGUGGGAUGAAUUAGACCAAGGUCUAAGAUCUAGAGUCUAGGGUUUAGGAUCUAGGGUCUAGGGCCUAGGGCCAAGGUCUAAGGUCUCUGCGGAUCAGGGCCUAAGGUCUAGCAUCGUCCCUGUGAUUCCUACUAGUAUCUUUUGAGUUUUCU